UUGACAUCUGAAAUCUGCCUCCUCGUUUCAUUGUUCUUCUUGGAGUAUGUAAGAUUAUACUUGGGUUAUAAAGGAAACUUAACAGAGAACAAGAAAAUAUUGAUUCUAAGUGUCGUAUUCUCAUUACCGUCAUUUUUUGGCUGCCUUUACAUUGCAAUUUGGCAGACGUUGAUAUACAAACUGGAAGUCAUUAUUUCUUCUGUUCAAUUAGUUUUCAUUUGCGUUGGAAUAGUCAUGUGUUUGAUAGUUUAA